CACUUCCUGAGAGGCCCCGCUGUGGCCAUGCCUCCCUUUGGUGGAAACCCAGGCUUUAUCAAGAGCUGGAGGGACCAACUGCCAGCUCUCUCUGGGGACAAGCUGCCAUGGGACUGAGGUGUGGCAUGAGGACCACCAAGUGCCAGCUGCUGGUGACCAGCCUCUGUGUCAUGCUGCUGGGGCUCUCCAUUGCCACACUGAGCACAGUCACCCACUAUGGGCUCCGUUUCACCCUCAUCAGCAGCAUCUCCCUGGACAGCAAUGCCUACAGGGCCAUCCACCACGCAGCUUUCUACUUUGGGAUCUGCCUGAGCAUGAUGCUGAUCCUGGCAGCCCUGCUGAGCUCCGCCGCCACGGUGCGGGAAUCGCAGUGCCUCACCGCCAUGGGAUUUUUCUGUUUUGCUUUGGCCUUUUGUGGAUUGAUCCCAGCUGCCUGCUGGAGAUACACACACAGCACGGAGGUGGAAGACAGCAUGAUGGAUGUGUAUGAUUUUGUGUAUGAGGAGGUGAGGAGGAACACCUCCAGCUCCAGGAGGCACGAACUGACUGCCAUCCAUGAAGCAUUCCUGUGCUGUGGGAAGCACUCUCCUUUUGGGGACACAAGCAAUGUUGAGAACAAGAUGUGCCCACCCAGCCAAGUACACAAUGAAGGACAGGACUGCCUGCGAGAGAUCCAGGACUUUCUGAAGAAGCACAUGGACUUUGUCUUCUCGCUUCUGGGCAUCGCCAUUGGCUUCACGGUUUAUGGGAUGAUCCUAACUUCAUUCCUCUGGUUCUCCAUCCACUUCAGCAGCAACCUGUACCGGAAAGGGAAAUACAUCUUACGGGAGAGGUAGAAACCUGAUGCCAGGGCAUCCCUACCAGGCAGAGCCAGCUCUUGGCACAGGAAGAUGUCUGAAGUCACCCACAAAAUGCCCUGGGAAGGUAUUACGUGGGGUCAGGUGGUGGGAUGUGUGUCACACAUUUCCCUUUCCUGCACUACUUCUGGGCUCAGAGAUGCAGAUUUCCUCGAUGGGAGACGUACGGGCUGUGGCUCCACAAGGAGGACACAAAGAGUUCUUUACAACCAAAUGGAGAGAAAAGCCCAGCAGAAAUCACAGCAUUAAACCAAACUUCUGUUGUGCUGUCAUCUGAGCAGUUCCCUGUGACCCUCAAAGAUGCAGUGUUUCUAUCAAGAUGGCUUUGGAUCACAGCCCAGGAUCAACAUUGCACUAUCAGUAAAUAAAUGACAGGGAGUAUGUCACCACUGAUGGAAAUGUGCUCUCCCAGCCUGGACACUUGCAAUGAUUAACUUUGGGCAUGUUUCUGAUCAUGCUGGGGCACAUAGGCAUCCAAUGACUGUCAGCUAGUUUUCCCAUUUUCCACCAUUGCCGGAUUUAUAGAACUUUUGGUAGAUAUCAGGACAAGAAAGUCAGAAGGAAGUGAAUGAUCUUUGAAACAACUGACCAACAGAAGGACAUAUUUCUCUUUUAUUCCUCCUUGCUAAUGCAAUACAACUUUUUUUUUUUCUUUUUUUUUUUUUUAUUCUUAGGAUUUAAUCAGCCUCCUAGAUCUUGAUGCCAUACUGAAUUCACUGGCACUUGUUAAGCUGCACCUUGAGUGUUGCAUCUAAUUCUGGGCCCCUCAAUUUAGGAAGGAUGUUGAGAUGCUCAAAAAUCUCCAGGGAAGGGCCAGAAGGAUGGUGAGGGGUCUAGAACACAAGCCUCUCUGUGAAGAGUGGCUGAGGGAGCUGAGGUUAUUUAGCCUGGAAAAAAGGAGCCUUGGGGUGAUCUUAUUCCUCUCUACAAUUCUCUGAAAGGAGUUUGUAGCCAGGUGGUGGUCAGUCUCUUCUUCCAGGCAACCAGUGACAGGAUGAGAGGACACAGUCUUAAGCUGUGCCAGGGGAAGUUUAGGCUAGACAUUAGAGACAAAUUCUUCACAGAAAAAGUGAUUGGGCAUUGGAAUGGGCUGCCCAGGGAGGUGGUGGAGUCACCGUCCCUGGAGGUGUUUAAAAAAAGCUUGGAUGUGGCACUCAGUGGCAUGGUUUAAUUGAUAAGGUGAUGUUAGGUCAUAGGUUGGACUUGGUGAUCUCCAAGGUCUUUUUCAACCUGGAUGAUUGUGUGAUUCUGUAACUUCCAGCCCAGCUCUAUGUUUAUCAGGCUUUCCUAACCCACUGUGCUCCUGUGGUGAAAGGACUUUUGAUAUCACACACACAAACAGAAGUUUAAAUCUAUAAGAGAGCAGGACAGAUCUCCAGCCAGGUUAAACAACACAAUGUCCAACUCCACGUCCUUUUUACAUCACCUUAUCAAUAAUAAACAGAAUUUGUAAAAGGCUGUCAGUCUAGCUGAAACAACAGCUCCCUGGCAUGCUUUGCCCUCAUGUUGAGGAGGCAGAGCUGCUUCUGAGCUGAAACCCAUCAUUGCAAUAUAUGUAGCACCUGCUGUAAAUUACACAUCUCUGUGAAAUGUCUGUUCAACCAGCAACAGCUUUCAUGCCUCUCAUACAUAGUGGCUUUUAGGCAUGAAAAAUGGUAAGUGGCAAUUGUUUACUGAGAUAAACAUGGACAACCCUGUGCUGAUGUUCAGUCCUGGCCCACAGGCAGGGGCUGCUCCAUGUACAAGAACAGCAGUACACCCUGCAGCACCUGGCUGGCUUUCUAACCUGGGCUGAAAAUACAUUGUAUUGGAAAGAGUUGUGUUGUGGAGGGCUGAGGGAGAGCUGUCACUUCUCAUUCCAUGCCUGUGGAACCAGCAGAGCUUCACUGUUGACUUUACUGGAAGCAAGAACUGUCCCAGUGUAAUAUUCAAGCUACCUCCUGGCAGCCACCAACACACCUUAGUCUGGCAGGGAAUUGGGUGUCAUAUGCACUUCCCAGCAUGUGCACUUUCUAGUGGGGGAGUAUUCACUUGUAUGCCUAUAUGUAUCAUCAAUGUAUCAUCACAUAUAUUGUCUCUUUCCAGAGAUCAAUCUCCCUGGUGAGCUCCAGCUGCUUCUGUCAGGCCACUGCUAUUGUCAUUCCUCAGGCAGCUGGCAGCUGAUAUGACUCAUGGUUGCUUCAAUAAAGAUUAAUUUCUUGCAGAAGGCCA